AAACCUACUGUUGGCGACUCCAACUUAACACUCGUUCGUUAAGUUCGUUUUCAGUCUUCAAGCCACUGAAGUGAGUUUGAAACUCUUGCUUUCUGUGCCAGAGUCUAUCACCCUCGAGCAUACAUGAGAAAUGGAGCUCGUUCAACCAUUAUCUCAGCAAACUCUCGAAUCGGAAAAAGUAUGCAAGGAGAACAGCAGCGUAAUAGAAAAUCAUGGAGACGGUCAUUUGAAUGGGAUGUCGAAUGGAUAUGAUCGAAAGAAGGAGCACAAGUCUGAUCACAAGGACAGGGAUAAAGAACGAUCCCAUAAAUCGGAGCAUAGAGAUAAAGAUAGAAGCAAGGAUAAAGAAAGAAGUCAUAAAAGUGAGCAUAGAGAUAAGGACCGUCAUAAGGACAAGGAUAAACAUAGUUCAAGGUCUUCUAAAGACAAGGAUAAACAUGGAAGUAGCAGUAGCAGCAGGGAUAAGGAUAAGGAUAAGAAGAGCAGCUCCUCCUCGAGCAAGGAUAAAGAGCACAAGAGCAGCAACAGCUCCAGCAAAGACAAGGAUAAGGAAAGAUCUAAGGACAAGGAUAAGGACCAUCAUCACAAGUCUAGUUCUAGCUCGAAAGACAAGGACAGGCAUAGUUCCAGCUCAAAGGACAAAAGUAGCUCGAGUAAAGACAAAGAUAAAGAAAAGAGUUCUAGCUCUUCGAGUAAGGAUAAGGACAGGCACAAGAGUUCGUCCUCAUCGUCUCGGGAUAAAGACAAGAGCAGGGAUAAAGAUAAAGACAAAAAACAUUCGAGUUCUCAUUCAUCCUCUGAUAAACAUCGAUCUGACAAGGAUAAACAUCGUCAUGACAAGGAUCGUCAUAGGCAUGAUAAAGAGAAAUCUAAACAUCGAGAUGACAAGGACAAAAAGGAAAAGAUAAAGGAAGAACCUAAAAUUAAAGAAGAAAUGGAAGUUGAGACUAAAAUUGAAGUGAAAGAUGAACCUUUAACCAAUAACUAUAAUGAUGUCAAAAAGGAACCAAUUUCUCAACAAGAAGAUAUGUCGCAGCAAGAUAUGGAUGAUGAUGACAGUGGAGAGGAACGACCUCUUUAUAUUAAAGAAGAGGAUGAUGACGAAAAAGACGAGAAGUUUAAAGGGAAUGAUGAUGAUGAUGACGAUGAUGAUUCUGGCAAUGAUACCAGACUUUCUCAACUUCACAACACUACUGUGGAAAAAACUGAAGAUUCGGACGAGGAUAUGCCAUUGUCGUCACGAAAGAAACCGUCCCCGAGCGUUAAAAGAAAGGUAGAAUCCUCUGAUGAAGAAGAAGAAAUCCCACUAUCUGCUCGUAAGAAGCCCAAGAAAGAAGUUGCCAAGAGCAAAAAGAAGAAAAAGAAGGAUUCUGACUACGAAGAAUCGGAUUAUGAAGAAGAUGAGAAACCCAAGAAGAAGAAACAGAAGGCUCAAAAACCUGCGAAGGCUGUGAAAAAUGAAACAAAUACUCCCAGUCCGAGAAAGAAAAAGAAAGAAGAAGAAGAGCAGAAUGUCUGGAAGUGGUGGGAAGAAGAGAAGAAAGACGACGGAACUAAAUGGAAGUUCUUGGAGCAUAAAGGACCACUAUUCGCACCAUUAUACGAACCACUGCCUUCGAGUGUGAAAUUUUAUUAUAAUGGCAAGGAAAUGAAAUUAAGUGAAGAAACUGAAGAAGUAGCGACUUUUUACGCUCGUAUGUUGGAACAUGAUUAUACCGCAAAGAAGGCAUUCAAUGAUAAUUUCUUUAAAGAUUGGCGUGAUGUUAUGACUGAUCACGAGAGAUCAAAAAUCACAGAUCUUUCGAAAUGUAAUUUUAGAGAAAUUCAUGCUCAUUUUAUACAGAAGAGUGAAGAACGCAAGGCAAUGACAAAAGAAGAAAAGAAAAAGAUCAAAGAACAAAAUGAGGAAGUGCAAAAUGAAUAUGGUUUCUGUACUAUUGAUGGACAUAAAGAGAAAAUAGGUAAUUUCCGAAUAGAACCACCGAGUCUUUUUAGAGGUCGUGGUGAACAUCCUAAAAUGGGUAAAUUGAAGAGAAGAGUUCAACCUGAAGACGUACUCAUUAACUGUUCUAAAGACUCGUAUAUUCCGAAACCGCCGUCGGGACACAAGUGGAAGGAAGUGAGACAUGAUCCAAAUGUCACCUGGUUGGCAUCUUGGACUGAAAAUGUACAAGGCCAAGUUAAAUAUGUCAUGUUGAAUCCUUCGAGUAAAUUGAAGGGAGAGAAAGAUUGGCAGAAAUAUGAGACAGCAAGAAAAUUAGCAAAAUCAAUAGACAAAAUUCGUGACGAAUAUCGAGAAGACUGGAAGAGCAAGGAAAUGAGAAUUAGACAGAGAGCCGUCGCUUUGUACUUUAUUGAUAAACUCGCCUUGAGAGCUGGUAACGAAAAGGACGAAGAUCAAGCAGACACUGUCGGUUGUUGUUCUUUGAGAGUUGAGCACAUUAAGUUAGAAGAACAAAAGGACGGAAAAGAUUAUGUUGUUGUGUUCGACUUUUUAGGUAAAGAUUCUAUAAGAUAUUACAACGAAGUUCCAGUGGAGAAGCGAGUUUUUAAAAAUCUUCAGUUGUUCAUGGAAAAUAAAUCUCCAGGCGAUGAUUUAUUCGAUCGUUUGACAACGACAGUGAUGAAUAAACAUUUGAACGAACUUAUGGAAGGCCUUACUGCUAAAUGCUUCAGGACAUAUAAUGCUUCUUGGACUUUGCAACAGCAGUUAGACAAAUUGACCAAUCCCGAUGAUUCGGUAGCUGAGAAGAUUCUUGCUUAUAACAGAGCAAAUCGAGCAGUCGCGAUAUUGUGUAACCAUCAACGUUCCGUUCCAAAAACGCACGCUAAGUCGAUGGAGAAUCUUAAAGCAAAAAUUGACGCUAAGAGGGAAGCCAUUUCUGAAGCGGAAAUUCAAGUGAAAGACGCCAAACGUGACGCGAAGAAUGGAUCAGUCAAGGAGAAAGUUAUAUUUGACAAGAAAAAGAAAACGUUGGAACGAUUGAAAGAGCAGUUGACAAAAUUGGAAGUGCAAGCUACUGAUAAAGAAGAAAACAAAGAAAUUGCUUUGGGCACAAGUAAAUUGAAUUACUUGGAUCCUCGAAUCUCAGUGGCAUGGUGUAAAAAAUAUGACGUCCCAAUUGAAAAGAUAUACAACAAAACUCAAAGAGAUAAAUUCCGAUGGGCUAUAGACAUGGCAGGAGCUGAAUUCGUCUUUUAAUUGUUUUAAUCAUUGAGAUGAGUCUGAAUCUUUGUUUAGUAAAUUUUCCUUAAAUCGCGGAAACUUGUAAAGUAAUGAUUAUCCUUUUUAUGAUCAGGACAAUAGCCGCGUGAUUGUAAGAAAUAUUUAACAGAAAAGAAAAAAAACAAUGUGUGCUGUAUCAAUUUUUUUUAAUUGAAAGCCCCUAGUGAUGUAAUUAGUGCGUAUAACUAUUUUCAUUGUAAAGUAUUCAUUCACGGAGCAGUGAUUGAAUCGUCCGAGUGUAAUAUGUAAAAUGGUGAUUUAAUAUUGAUGAACUUUUUGCGUCAACUUUACAUCAGUGAUUUCAGUUAGAAAUGAGAAAAUGGAGGCAAAAAAUAGUCAAGUAGCUAGAAAUUUCUUGUGUGUGUCAACUAAAAGAAAAUAGUGUAAAUAGAAAGCAAAGGAAAAAAAAACUUAAAAGAAAAGACUUAUAGAUUUUUCAUUGAAACUUGAAAGAAACAAACACAAGUCGUAGAAUCAUCUUUGUAAUUUUACAAUAUAUGCUAUUUUGUCUUAUAGAUAUGUGAACACUUACAUGUUAGGAAAAAUAAGCGAAUCAUUUGUAAAACUUUUUUUUUUAUGUAAAUCUGAAUAUUACGGUUAUUCACACAAAGGAAGUUUCUCUUUACUAGUAAAUUCUAAUAUUACAAUAACUUAAGUUACAUUAGAUUAGAAACACACAAAAGUGUCACAUUUGUUUGCAACUUGAAUGUCAUUUUCAUAAAAGCAUAUUCUGUAGAUUUAUAGUUUGUUUUGAAAUUUUAAAUGUAUGACACUUCGUACAUCAUGCUCAUUAUGCAAUAAAAAUGACAUGCAAAUGUGAAUAUAUCUGAAUGUCUGUGUUUUCACUUGCUUAAAAAUGGAACCAAGUUUUAUCUUUAUAAAGAAAUUUUUUUAAUUCAUCAAGACAUUUAUAGGAACGGUGAAAAAUGUGAAAACACAGACGCUUAUUUUAAAGUCUGUAUGUUGCCUAGAAUCAUUACUCUAAAACUUACACCGAACUCUUCUAUCGAUUAUUUAUAUGCGACUAGUAGUUAUUAUUAAAUAACGUACGUAAUUAAUGAACGAACAUUUGUACCCGCAUACAUAAUGAAUAUGAGAGAUUCUUUUUCAAUCGCCCCAGCCCAAAAAGUCAAUGUUCUGGGAUUGGCUUCAUACUUUGGUAAAUUGUUGUCCUAUAUGAUAGUAAUAAAUCCCUAAAAUAUAAACUCAUUAAAAACAUAUUUGUAGAAAGUAGAGGGGGUUGAAGUUUUGACGUUAAGGGUAACAUUGUCAUUUUCAAAUCCGUUUAACUAUGACAAAAGUUAAUGGAUUUUAAUUUAUCUAUAAUGAAUUUUAUUGCAUUUUUCACGUACUUUUCAAAAAUGUAUACGAAAUUUAAAAAAAAAAAUUUUUAACCCCUUUUUUUUCAAAAUCAACCCUUAUUUUUCGAUUUUCACCCCUUCGGGUAUUUUUUUUUUUUUUUUUUUUAUUUUCAUUGGAAAGCUGAGGUUUUUUCCGAUGAUCUAUGUAAAUAUGAAAAUGGGACAACAAUAAUUUUGUGAGAAACAGAAUAUUAAAGUAGGCGGUGCCGAUAAGGGUGCCGUUAAGGGUAACAUUGUCAUUUUCAAAUCUGUAUAACUAUGACAAAAGUUAAUGGAUUUUAAUUUAUCUAUAAUGAAUUUUAUUGCAUUUUUCACGUACUUUUCAAAAAUGUAUACAAAAUUUAAAAAAAAAAUUUUUUGACCCCUUUUUUUUCAAAAUCAACCCUUAUUUUUCGAUUUUCACCCCUUCGGGAAUUUUUUUUUGUUUUUUUUUUAUUUUCAUUGGAAAGCUGAGGUUUUUUCCCAUGAGUUAUGUAAAUAUGAAAAUGGGACAACAAUAAUUUUGUGAGAAACAUAAUAUUAAAUUAGGCGGUGCCUAUCUAAAUCCUCAAAGAUGAUCUCCAGGUACACCCCUUAUCGGCACCGCCUACUUUAAUAUUCUGUUACUCACAAAAUUAUUGUUGUCCCAUUUUUAUAUUUACAUAGCUCAUGGGAAAAAACCUCAGCUUUCCAAUGAAAAUAAAAAAAAAAAAAAAAAAAAUACCCGAAGGGGUGAAAAUCGAAAAAUAAGGGUUGAUUUUGAAAAAAAAGGGGUUAAAAUUUUUUUUUUUUAAAUUUCGUAUACAUUUUUGAAAAGUACGUGAAAAAUGCAAUAAAAUUCAUUAUAGAUAAAUUAAAAUCCAUUAACUUUUGUCAUAGUUAAACGGAUUUGAAAAUGACAAUGUUACCCUUAACGUCAAAACUUCAACCCCCUCUACUUUCUACAAAUAUUUUUUUAAUUAGUUUAUAUUUUAGGGAUUUAUUACUAUCAUAUAGGAGAACAAUUUACCAAAGUAUGAAGCCAAUCCCAGAACAUUGACUUUUUGGGCUGGGGCGAUUGAAAAAGAAUCUCUCAUAUGUAUUAUUUAAUUAUUUAAGAAAUGGUAAAUAAUAAACCAGCAGAGUCGUUUUGUAUUUUUUUCAAAACGGCUCCGCUUAUCAAAAAAAAUAAUAAAGAAACUAGUUCCCUUUUUUCACAAAGGGUUAAAAAGAAAUUGAAGCCGUAAUUUUAUUUUAUUUUUUUUACUAAUGUCAACAUUUCUUUCUAAAAAAAAGCAGCUGACUUGUCAAAUGAGAAAAAAGACAGUAGCUCAUUUGGAGAUGCACGAGUCCCAAAAAGUGCAAUUAUGAAUAUAAAAUCAUCAGUGCGAGAGUAAUUAUUUUGAUAAAAUAUAAAUACAAUUUUUUAAUUGAAACUGCCGAACGCUCAGUCUAUUUCGCUAUUGCGAAUUGCAUUUGCAUUCUCAGUAUUGUGAAAACAAUUUUAUGUCGUCUACUUUUAAAAGGCUGAGGACAUGGCAUGAUAAGAAGCAAGACUUAGUUAUAUAUAAAUUAUAACACAUAAUAAUUAAAAAGUAGGCAAUGUGAUUCUAAUAAAUAUAUAAUUAUUAUUGAAAUUAUUGAAUGGAAAAACACGUAAACUAGUUAAACAAGCAUUAGGGAUUUAUAAGAAUUUUAGCAAUUUUUUUGAUUUAUACAAUGAUUUUUGGUUAUUUAAAAAAAAAUUCUUUUUUACAUUUUACUAUUGUACACGCUUUGAUCGAAUCAGAAAUGAUAUAUUAUAUAUCGGUAUAAGAAAUUUAUUUAAUUCGAUGCGUAAAUGUUUAUCAUUUUUGAUUAACAAAAUAAAAAGGUUGUAACUUAAUUUAUAUUGCAUAUAGAAAUAUGACGAUUUUCAAACCCCAUCAUCACAGUGCGUUUGAUUUAAAUGUGUAAAAAAAAUAUUGGGAAAAAGCACUCUAUAUUUUAAUAUACCUUAAGAAAUAAAUUUGAAAAAAUGAAAAUACAUACGUCGAUAAUUAUGUAAACCAAUGAAAUUGAGUGGAUAGACACAGUAUAUCAUUAAAUAGCAAGAAAACGACUGCAUGUGUCUGUAAACAGAGCUCUAGUUUCUGAUAUUAGUAUUAAUAAGUAUAAACAACAGAUUGUAGGGUUUUUUUUAUUUUUAUCAAACAUUUAAGAAAUUAUUACUUUAUAUAUGAAUAAUAUAGCAAAACUUGCACAAAACGUCAAAACUUGCAUGACUAUGUGUUUGAAACAUCGCCACUUCUGUACAUUACAAAAAUAAUAAAUGUGUUUAUUCAGAAAAAUGUUGUCCUAGUUUUUUAGAGCCAAUAAGCAAACAUUCAUUUUAUUUAUUAUUUUAAAGUAUAAAUAUAUAAAUAAAUAAGGUGAAUAUGCAAUCAUUUCAAGUACGAUUCAAUAAGAUUUUUAUUUUUUAACAGAAUUACAGUAAAAAAAAUUUCUAACAAUUUUCUUUUCAUUCGAAACAAUUACCUACACCUGAUUUAAUUUUUAAUCUCGAAAUUAAUACAAUUAAUCCUUAAAUAUUACUAUGAGAAUUUAAUUACAAAAAUCUGUAAACAAUCAUUCAAAAGACAAACUUAUAAAAUUCGUCUAUCAUAUAAAACAUAAAAUAACUUAUAGAUUUAUCAUACAUUUAAUUAAUUUGGUUUAGUUCUUUAUUUAAAAUUAGAUAAUCAGACUAGACUAUGUGAAUACUAAAUCACGGAUGAGUGCUUUUCACAGAAUUUUGCUACUGAAAUUAUGUUAAUAUUGAGAGUGUGCAAGAAAAAGCUCAAAAAAUCAAGUCAAGUUCAAGUAUUCGAAUAAUUAUUCGACAACUUGAAAAAAUUCAAUAAUUUCACUCGAAGUGGAGUUUCAAGCUUUUUAUGCACUUAGUUAAAAUCAUGUAUUAAAAAUAAA